AUGUCUGCUGCUCUUCCUCAAUAUUCCGUAUCCGACUACGCUAAAUUCGCUUUGGCUGGUGCCAUCGGUUGCGGUGUGACCCACUCCGCCAUGGUUCCAAUCGAUGUCGUCAAGACCAGAAUCCAGUUGGAACCAACUGUGUACAACAAGGGUAUGGUCAACUCCUUCAAGCAGAUCGUCUCUGCUGAAGGUGCUGGCGCCCUUUUGACUGGUUUCGGUCCUACUUUGAUCGGUUACUCGUUGCAGGGUUCUUUCAAGUUCGGUGGUUACGAAGUGUUCAAGAAGUUGUUCAUCGACACCUUGGGUUACGACCAAGCUGUCAACUACAAGAACUCCAUCUACAUUGGUUCUGCCGCCAUCGCUGAGUUCUUUGCCGAUAUCGCCUUGUGCCCAUUGGAAGCCACCAGAAUCAGACUUGUGUCGCAACCAACUUUCUCCAACGGUCUCGUUGGCGGUUUCUCUAGAAUCAUGAGAGAAGAAGGUCUCGGUUCUUUCUACAACGGUUUCACUCCAAUCUUGUUCAAGCAAAUUCCUUACAACAUCGCUAAGUUCUUGGUCUUCGAACGUGCUGCCGAGGUCUACUACGGCAUGGCCGGUGCUAAGGAAAAUUUGUCAACCGCCACUACCACUGGUUUGAACUUGCUAUCUGGUUUGACUGCCGGUUUGGCCGCUGCCAUUGUUUCUCAACCAGCCGACACUUUGUUGUCCAAGGUCAACAAGACUAAGAAGGCUCCAGGUCAAUCUACCAUUGGGUUGUUGGGCCAACUUGCCAAGGAACUAGGUUUCGUUGGCUCUUUCGCUGGUCUACCUACUCGUUUGAUCAUGGUCGGUACCUUGACCUCGUUGCAAUUCGGUAUUUACGGUUCUUUGAAGAAAACUUUGGGUUGCGCUCCAGCUAUCGAAAUUGCUAGCGCUAAAUAA